CCUUUCAAACCUCACCGAAAAGAGUCUUCUACGUCACAACCAGAUGUUCUUCACAGGAACACAGGAUGUCACGUCGUCAAAUUCUGAAUUAUUAAAUCAAGUUGUCGCAAGGCUAAGGCACGUUUAGCUCAAUGCAAAUUGUCGCAUAUUAAUCACUCCUAUCAGCUAUAUGCAAAGAGGCUAAUUGGGCACCUUGGUCGACGUAGUUCUUCUUCAUACGUGUAACUUAAUUUUUUGACGGAAACAAUGGGAGAAAACAAUCAAUGGCCCUGGCUACUCCUCGAGCAAGGCAGCCAUUACUAUAUUGGCCCAAUAGGGCAAUGGAAUGUGCUAACAACUUCCCUGGGCUGCUGGAGACAUGUGGUAUGAUUUAUCAAUUACAGACCUCAAAAUACUGCGACCUGCGCUUCCAAUACCCCGACAAUCAUAACCGCAUGCCAUUCUUUACCGCAGCAUAGCGACUUCGAAGUUACCUAACCCGAUAGUUUGCCUACGGAAAGCGCGGCCAUCACGAGAUGGACUUGUACGGCGUGGUCACCCACAAAAAAUUGUGUCGAAAACAUUGGACCCAAACCUAUCCGAAGUAGGAAAGAAGGCACAUAACCGGAACGAAAAGCAGUAUCGAGAUAAUAUAAAUGCUAAAUUUGAGCAACUCGAAGUUCCAGAUGCCCGGUGCACUGCUUCAAGAUAUCUCACAUCACUGCCCGCGACUGACAGUGCUUGACCUGCCUAUGAC